CCUGAGGCCUGAACAACCUGACAAGCGCAAUCGUCGACCAUCCAGUCAUUUGGCUAUCUCUCCGUCCCGCACGGCAGAACCUGGAAGAACUGCCAGAAAGCCCGUAUCUCCCCCUACAGUAUCAUAGCUUAUCUUUCAAGCUGCUAUAUUAAUGGCAUGGAGUCGCACCAAGACGGGCGACCGCGCCGCACUCUUACCAGGUCGACCUCUUCCGUCCUCACUUGAACCGUGAUAGGUGCCUUCGCGAUGUUCUCUGACUCGGCUUUGCGAAGCCUCGUCAUCCUUUCGGUCGGCCUAGCUACAGCUUCGCGAGGGCAGGAACAGCCGAUGCACGCCCCUUCGCCAGACGUGAACAUGACAGAGGUCUUCUCGUACCCAGUGCUUCCUGUGUACAAGGAGGCUUGGACAAGGGAGUCCUGGAACGGUCUUACAACGUUUGCAGCAGCUACGCCUCUUAGGUGCUUUGGCUUGGACGCGGAGUCCCCAUAUGAUGUCGCUGUGCUUGGCGCUCCCUUCGACACAACAACGAGCUACCGACCAGGUGCCCGCUUUGGCCCCAACGGCAUUCGCCAGGGGUCGCGACGUAUCCAGGUCACUAGCAUCAACAUCAACAUGAAAACAAAGGUCUCCGAUUACUUGGAUGUUGUUGACUGCGGCGACGUCCCCAUGGUUCCCACCGAUAACAAGGUCGCACUGCGCCAGCUCGAGGCCGCCAAUAAGAUGCUCCUGAACCACACAAGCCUACGCUCAUACGAGGGCAUGAGCAUCGCCAAGGACGGAAAGUUCCACCCCCGGGUGCUUACCCUGGGAGGUGAUCAUACCAUCACACUUCCGUUGCUUCGUGGGAUCAAUGCUAUCUAUGGCCCAGUCAGUGUCAUCCAUUUCGACAGUCAUAUCGACACGAAGAAACCCGGCUCAAUGCCCAAUAGCCCCUGGCUUCCGGGAGAGGAAAUACCCGUUUCGCACGGCAGCUACUUCUGGUAUGCACACAACGAAGGCCUGCUCGCACCCGACAACAAAAACAUCCACGUCGGUAUCCGCAACGCCCUUGGCAGCUGGGCGGACUAUGACAACGACUAUGAGGUCGGCUUCGUCAUCUCCACGGCAGAGGAGCUGGAGGAGGUAGGUUGGCGAGGUGUUGUAAAGAAGAUUCGGGAAACUGUUGGCGACAACCCGGUAUACAUUUCGCUGGACAUUGACGCCAUAGACCCUGGAUCUGCACCUGCAACUGGAACUCCCGAGAUUGGUGGUAUAACGACGAGGGAGAUCAAGAAAAUCAUGCAACGUCUGGAAGGCCUCAAGAUCGUUGGUGCAGACAUCGUGGAGGUAGCACCAGGCUAUGAUACUCAAGCUGAGCUUACAACAAUUGUUGCAGCCAACAUCGGGUGGGACAUGCUGGCCUUGAUGGCGAAGACUCCGCUGGUAGAGUAGUAAAUGUUCUAUUAGGUUUCUGUAGAUGUUUCGGCCGUGCACAGUCUAUCAUAUGAUUGUGCAGCUGGCCAACCUUUAGCCACAUGCAUAGACUAAUGCGAGCGGUUCCGUAUACGACCGUGGCUUACUUCCCACUCAAAGAGGUUUUCUUCAGG